AUGGUGGCGCCUACAACGCGGCCGAUGGUUGAAGCUCAAACCGUGGCAUGGCACGAAACCUCCGAGUGGCAGCGGGACAACAGAUACAUCCUCAGCGGCUAUCGUCCAGAAAAAGCAGACUACGUGGAGAUUCUCACCAGCUUGACGUUUUUGCACAACGAGACUUGUAAUGUGUACACCCACCUGAUCGGAGCUCUGCUCCUACCGCUCAUCGCGUUCGGUGUCAUGCAGAUUCUCUCUCAGCCUCAGUUCUUCGACGUCUCGAGAUCCGACUAUAUUAUAUUUGGAAUAUUCUUUUGUUGCGCAGAGUGUUGUUUGAUCUUCAGUACUAUUUACCACCUAGUGGGAUCUCACUCACAUGCAGUCGAACAAUUCUGGCUCAGAAUGGAUCUGCUAGGGAUUGUCAUUGUCACCGUUGGCACGUUUAUUCCGGGCAUCUAUUACGUCUUCAUCUGUGAACCAGUCCUGCAAAUAAUACACUGGGCGAUUAUCACAUCUUCAGGCUCAGUCACCGCUGCAUUAAUCUCGAUGCCCAAGCUGAGAACGCUACGCUGGCGGAAGGCGAGGACGGGCGCCUACGUUGCGCUUGGUGCAUCAGCAUUCAUUCCCCUACUGCAUGGAGUUCAACUGUACGGGCUAGAGUAUAUGCUUCAGUACGCAGGAAUGAAAUGGUAUCUGCUAGAGCUAUUCUUCUAUGGCUGUGGAGUUGGUCUUUAUGGGGUAAGCCGACACGCUCGCUGA